AUGGAUGAUGAUCGGUACUACGACAGAGGUAGCCAGCUUCGCAUCUCUGCUCGUCCUCCUUCCUACCCCGCACCUCGCGGCUAUGAGUCGUCCUACGCCUAUCCGCAGUAUCCAACUCACCAGCAGCCGUACUAUCCGGCACCCUCGCAGCAGCGCGCUGCACCACGCGAUGCCGAGUGGGCCUACGCCUCGUCGUCGCGCUCUCCCCCCGUCGACGUGCCUGGCCCCUCCCGCCAGGCGGUGAGCUACCGACCUCGUCCCGAACCCGUUGCUGCGCCGGCACCCACCCCUGGUCUGCCUUCCCGAUCAGAAUGGCUCGUCCUUCCCUCCGUCUCCCACGCCCUGGGCCAGUACAACGAUCGUCGACGCUCCGACCCGCGCUUCUCUCUCGUCAUCCGUCAACAACCGCGUCGUGGUCUGGCCAUUGGCAACAGCCAAAUGUCCCUCCGCACCGCUCGCUCGGUCCCCAUCGACCCCCCACCCGUCUGCGAGCUCCUCAUCGACCGUUCUGGUGACGAACAGCUGCUUUCCCUCCCCGAAGUGUUCAUCCGCGCCCAACUAGUCCGCGGCGAUGCACCCACCGAAGAGUGUCUCCCUGAUGCACGCCGUAUCGAGCCUCUCGUAGGAGACACCCUGCAAUCGCCCUUCAACUCGCGCAUCGACACGCGCGAGGAUCAGAGCUUUUUCGUCUUCAAGGAGCUCGGUGUGCGCAAUCGCGGCGUGUACCGGCUGAGGUUCGAUCUGUUCGAUCGUGUCGGAGCGAGGGUGUUCAAGAUCGCCAGCGUCUACAGCGACGCAUUCGAGGUGCAGGAGCGAAGGAAGCACCCUGGGUUGGGUGCGAGUAGUGCCUUGAUGGACGCGCUGGUGGAUCGGGGGAUGAAGUACAAGUUGCGCAAGGCGAACGACAAGGCGAACCCGAAGAAGCGCAAGUCUCCGGAAGAUUUCUACUACGGAGACGAACGGGCGAGUCAGGGGAGGAGACAGAGUUAUGCAGGUGGCGAGUACCCGGGGCCUCGGGAGAUGAUUAGGCCGAUAGCGCAGCGCCCCGGGUCGAGCGAACGCGAGGGUGGAUAUGGCGAGAUGCUCCCUCCUCUUCGCGCGCAGGGCCAAAGGCUCUCCCCGACCUUCGCAGCAAAACCACCCCAACUGCCCUCCCUCACACGUCUCGCUCCUCCUCAGCGCAUCUACUCCACCCCCUCCCCGCUUCCACCCCACCCCUCCCUGUUCGACAACCGCACACUCUCCCCCUCCGAGCGACCCGCACUCGAGUUCCGCUCCUCCUCCUCCUCCUCCGUCACCACCACGUCGAGUGCCGAGCGCCUCGCGUCGACACCGACGAGUUCGACAACCGACACGCCGUUCGUCUCCACCUCGGCCGCGAUGGGCCUCGGUCUGCAGGGCAAAAUGAACAACCCAUCCCAGCGAAACGGAUCACCUGCUUCAGCAACGAGUUCGGGUUCCGGUGAGGGUAGACCCACACUACCCCCAAUUUCGAGCCUCUACACCCCUCAGGCUAGACGGCCGUCUGCGUAUUAG